UUCGCCAUCUUCAUCAUCAUUCAACACUGUUUGUGCUGUUUCUCUCUCUACAAGUAUAUACUUACCAGUGUAUGCUAUCCUUUAUCUCUCCAAAAUUCGCACAUACUGUCUGUCUGCAAAAGAAAUACCAAAAUUUCUGCACUCAAAUCUCAAAAGUCUCAAAAAGCUAGGAGGAGAGAGAGAGAAGUUUUUCAAUUAUUCACUCCUUUUCCCCACAUACACUCUCUCUCUCUUUUAUUUGCCAGCUCUGCUAUACCCUUCCCUCUCUCUUUCUCUAUACUCUUUUCUUCUUCUCUCUCUAAGCACAUAAUUCUGAUCACCAUCGCCAGUUUAUCUUCCACAGGUGCAGAGAGAGUGAGAGAGAAAGGGAGAUCUUUUGAGUUAGUUUUUGUGGAAUAGUUCACAAGGUAUAGUGUUCUUUCUCUUCUGAAGUGUACGUGGAAUUCAAGGAGUUUAUACAAUGUCUAGCUCUGUGAAAGAGUUGGAACCUGCAUUUCAGGGAGCAGGGCAAAGAGUUGGGACUGAGAUUUGGAGAAUUGAAAAUUUCCAACCAGUUCCAUUACCCAAAUCUGAUUAUGGAAAAUUCUACUCGGGGGACUCUUACAUCAUCUUGCAGACAACUUCUGGUAAGGGUGGUGCUUAUUUGUAUGAUAUACAUUUUUGGCUUGGGAAGGAUACUAGUCAGGACGAAGCUGGAACAGCUGCAAUUAAAACUGUAGAACUCGAUGCGAUUCUUGGAGGGCGAGCGGUACAGCAUAGAGAAGUCCAAGGUCAUGAAACUGAUAAAUUCUUAUCCUACUUCAAGCCCUGCAUUAUACCAUUGGAAGGCGGUGUUGCAUCUGGAUUUAAGGAGGUGGAGGAAGAAGAGUUUGAAACACGGUUGUAUGUUUGUAAAGGAAAAAGGGUUGUCAGGUUGAAGCAGGUCCCAUUUUCUCGAUCAUCGCUAAACCAUGACGAUGUGUUUAUUCUGGAUACUAAAGAUAAGAUAUAUCAGUUCAAUGGUGCGAACUCUAAUAUUCAGGAGAGGGCUAAAGCAUUAGAAGUGAUUCAGUUUUUGAAAGACAAGUAUCAUGAGGGAAAGUGUGAUGUUGCUAUUGUCGAUGAUGGAAAUCUACAAGCUGAAACAAAUUCUGGUGAAUUUUGGGUGCUUUUUGGAGGGUUUGCUCCAAUUAGCAAGAAAGUUGCAAGUGAAGAUGAUAUUAUUCCUGAGAAGACUCCCCCCAAACUUUUUAGCAUAAGUGAUGGUCAAGCCAAUCUAGUAGAGGGUGAACUUUCAAAAUCUUGUUUGGAAAACAACAGAUGCUAUUUAUUAGAUUGUGGUGAUGAGGUAUUUGUUUGGGUUGGCCGUGUAACACAAGUGAAUGAGAGGAAAUCUGCUAUUCAAGCAGCAGAGGAGUUCAUAGCCUCUCAAAAUAGACCCAAAUCAACGCGUAUUACUCGGCUUAUUCAAGGUUAUGAGACACAUUCAUUCAAGUCCAAGUUUGAUUCUUGGCCAUCUGGGUCAGCACCUGCUCCUGAGGAAGGAAGAGGAAAAGUUGCAGCUUUACUCAAACAACAAGGUGUGGGCAUCAAAGGGGCAAGCAAAAGUGCCCCUGUAAAUGAGGAAGUCCCCCCUUUGCUUGAAGGAGGGGGAAAAAUAGAGGUUUGGUGCAUCAAUGGCAGUGCAAAAACUCCAGUUCCCAAAGAUGAUGUUGGCAAAUUCUACAGCGGAGAUUGCUAUGUAGUUCUAUACACCUAUCACUCUCAUGAUAAGAAAGAAGAUUAUUACCUGUGCUGGUGGAUUGGAAAGGAUAGUGUUGAGGAGGAUCAAAAGACGGCAGCUAAGUUGGCUACCUCAAUGUGCAAUUCACUGAAAGGGAGACCUGUUCUGGGUCGUAUAUUUCAAGGGAAAGAGCCACCCCAGUUUGUUGCCAUCUUCCAGCCACUGGUGAUCCUUAAGGGUGGACUAAGUUCAGGAUACAAGAACUAUAUUGCAGACAAAGGUCUAAAUGAUGAAACUUACACUGCUGAUUCAGUUGCUCUUAUCCAAAUAUCUGGAACUUCUGUUCAUAAUAAUAAAGCAGUUCAAGUUGAUGCGGUGGCAACUUCGUUGAACUCUAAUGAAUGUUUUCUUGCUCAAUCUGGCUCUACAAUGUUCACUUGGCACGGAAACCAGAGUACACAUGAACAGCAACAGUUAGCUGCAAAGAUUGCUGAAUUCUUGAAGCCUGGAGUAGCAUUGAAGCACACUAAAGAAGGAACUGAGAGCUCAGCUUUCUGGUUUGCUCUUGGUGGUAAACAAAGCUAUACCAACAAGAAAAUGCCUCCAGAAGUCGUCCGUGAUCCCCACUUGUUCACAUAUUCUAUUAAUAAAGGAAAACUUGAGGUUGAAGAAGUGUACAACUUCACCCAAGAUGAUCUGUUGACAGAGGAUGUAUUGAUACUAGACACUCAUGCUGAAGUGUUUGUUUGGGUCGGUCAGUCAACUGAUGCAAAUGAAAAACAAAAUGCUUUUGAAAUUGGGCAGAAAUACGCUGAGAUGGCUGCAUCUUUGGAAGGGUUAUCACUUCAUGUUCCACUGUAUAAAGUCACAGAAGGAAAUGAGCCUUGCUUCUUCACUACAUUCUUUUCUUGGGACCCUGCAAAAGCUACUGCACAUGGGAACUCGUUCCAAAAGAAGGUCAUGCUACUCUUUGGUGCCGGUCAUGCUUCAGCGAAUCAGGCAAGAUCGAAUGGGACAAAUCAGGGAGGAGGACGAACUCAAAGAGCAUCAGCCCUGGCUGCUUUGAAUUCUGCAUUUAGUUCGUCUUCUUCAACAAAAGCUACUUCAGUUUCAAGGCCAGUAGGGGUAGGUCAGGGAUCUCAAAGAGCGGCUGCUGUAGCUGCUUUGUCCUCUGUCCUUACUGCUGAAAAGAAGCAGCCAACUGAGACCUCUCCGGCACGAUUUAAAAGUCCGCCACCAGAAGCAACUCCCACUGCUGCAAUUGAGAACGAGAAAGCUUCUGAUGCAGUUGAAAAUUCCAAAGAACCUUCUGAAGUCAAGGAAACGGAGGUAGCUGAAUCUGUAGAAGAAACCAACUGGGCAGAAUCCGAGCCAAAGCCAGAGCAAGAACAGGAUGACAGCAGUGAUUGCAGUCAGACUAUAUUUAGUUAUGAACGGCUAAAGGCUAAAUCUGACAACCCUGUCACUGGGAUUGAUUUUAAGCGGAGAGAGGCUUACCUCUCAGAUGAGGAAUUCACGACUGUUUUCGGGACAACAAAAGAGGCAUUCUAUAAGUUGCCCAAAUGGAAACAAGACAUGCUCAAAAGGAAAGUUGAUCUCUUUUAAAUACCAAAGUCCAAGCCACACGGUCUCUCAUGCUCCCCUGUGUCUUUGCAGCUCGUCAUUUGGUUUUGACAAUGUUUCUUGCCCGAGCAGCCUACUUUUCGCAUAGGUACUUAAUGCCUGGACUCAGUCGAUUGAAUAUCACCCAUGUCUGGUAUAUGCUUUUGGAUGACCAUAACUCUUGGUAGUUUUGGAUUUUGAUCCUGUGAUGUCUGCUUGAAGAGAACUUAUUUUUUAUCGCUCUUUUAUUGAUGCUGUGCUUGCCAUAGUCUGAAGCUUGUAGUUAUGAGGACUACCUGGUUAUAAUUCUUUGAUUUGCUUAGCAUGUCUGUCUGUGAUUGGUCGACGUCGAUUAAAUUUUUUUUUUCUUCUUAAAGAUCAUUAUUUGUUGAUCAAAAGGGUGUAUAUGUAUUUUCCUUUCACUUGGUAUCAUGAAAUAUAUAGAAAUUGGUGUUUUGGUGAUAAGCAGGCACAUUAGUAUUCUAUUUUUAUGAAGAUAGUGGUUUGAGGUUUGAACUA